AUGACUUAUAAUUUGUCUUUAAAUGAAAUCUUUGAAUAUUUAAAUGAAGAUUUGGUUGCUUGCUUACUAGUAAUGAGAGACUUUGCUACGUUAAUUGAGAAUGGUGUCAUUAGCAGUUUUAAAGGAUAUAUAUUAUUUGAAGGCAAUGAAAGCAACAUUCAAUUGGAAACAAAAAGAAUGGAAGGAACAAUUAUUUUUAUUACCAAUUCUGGAUCAGGAAAUCUUACGCCACCCCUUCGAUGUGAACCAUUCUCUAGCAAUAAUACCUAUCCCGACGGUUCAAAUACUAAUGCCAUUCGACCACUCAUUAAUCAUAAUAAUGGAUGUCUGAUUUAG